AUGGCUGAUACUCCUCUUCGGUCGCAGGAGUCGUCGUCCGAUGACUCGCCCAACUUGCCCGAUGGGCCCAAGGCCGCGCGAAGGAGAAAUGUGCGCACGGCCUGUACCGCGUGCAAGCGGCGAAAGUUGAAGUGCUCGGGCCAGGUGCCAUGCCAGAAUUGUGACAAAAAUGGCUCCACCUGCACCAUCGACGAGGCCACCGACCAGCGGCGGAAACAAGUCCUGAAGCGCAAGAUGGAGACCCUCGAAGGGAAAGGGGAGCUCCUCGACCGCUUGUUCAUGGUGAUGCAGGAGGCCGAUGCCGUCUGUGCGGCGCAGACAAUGAACCUCAUUCGCAGCCAUGCAUCCCUAGAUGAGAUCCGCGCGUAUGUCGAUGACUUGCUCGAUCGCUCGCGGCUCGAGAAAACCCCCGAACUCCUCGAUGUCUGUAAUGAUUUUCACCGACUGCAGGAAUCCGAGCAGAAAUCAGCUCGCCCGAAGCUGGAGCGCAAGCAGCUGUCGGAUAUCGUUCUCUUUCGGGUUCCGGCGCGCCCGUGGACGACGGUGAGCAUUGACGAUGACUUUGUGUCGCAUUUGAUUUCGCUGUGGUUUACGUGGUCGCAUCCGUUUCUGAACUGGAUUGAUCGUGAUCUUUUUCUGAGAGAUAUGCAGUCGGGGGACUUGGAGUCGACGUUUUGCUCGCCAUUCCUCGUGAAUAUUAUUUUGGCGGAUGCCUGUGCAUACUCAGACUACCCCGAGGCAUACGGGGUAGCAGCCGAGCAAUGGUCUCGAGGAAUCCAUUUCUACAAAGAGGCCAAGCGCCAUCUGGACAGGGAAGAUGGCCGCGUGACUCUUGCAAAUGUCCAAGGACUGGGCGUUUUAUACGUCUGUUCUUGUAUGAUGGGAAAAGACCGAAGUGGCUGGAUCUACCACAGCCAGCUCACAUAUGCCGUGCAAGAACUCUGUCAUAAACCCAAACCUCCAAUGGACACCGAAGAGGACAGAGCACAGUGGGAGAGGGCAGUCGAGAAUGCCAUCUGGGGGCUAUUCAAUCUUGCCUCGAUGACCGCCCUGGCAUACCAAAAGGUUGCUCAAAUACAAGUUCCACGACGUUCCUACUCACCACUGGCCAACUGCGACCUCCAUCGAGACAAAUGGACCCAUUACCCCCUCAGUCCGGAGGGCAUCAAGUCCCAUUGCGGGUGUCUAGUCAAAGCACUCUGCGACAUCAGCCAGAUUACAUACGAUUUAAGCUGGCUAUUGUUCGGCGACAAAGACCGCAAACUCGACACCGCGUUUGCGCAGGCAACCGAGGAUGCCCAUUCGCGGCUAAAUCGAUGGUAUCAAGAAUUACCAAAGUGUCUUGGGACGAGGAAUGCUCCGCCACAUGUGUUGAGUCUACAUCUCAAAUACCACACCAUCAUCCAAACAAUCUUCGGGUUUGUGAAAGGUCUCCCCAAAGCCGAAGACGAAAACAGCAACACCCUACAAAAAACCCGCCAAAAAGCCCGAGAACUCUGCCUCGCCGCCGCACAGGAAAACGCCCAUCUGAUCGACCUGUACCGCGACCUAUGGAGUCUGGACUACAUGCCACCGGUCAACAUUCACUGGGUGACUGUAUCGAUGUUCACGCUUCUCGAAAGCCUGGACGACCCAAGCAACCACGAGGCCUUCGUCAGCCUCAGCAUCGCCGCCAAGGCCUUCUCGCACCGCUGGCCGCUGGGCAAGGGGAUGCUACGGUUAAUUCAGGUUACGUCGAAACAGAUGAGUGUGACGCUGCCACCAGAAACAGACGCGCUCUUCUCCUAUUUCGAGAUGCGGCUCUGGAAGAGCCGCGACCGCAUGGCGUUCAGUAGCCAGUACCCCAAUUUUGCGCACUCGAUGAAACAUGGCAAUGUCGAGGAUGUCGAGCUCGAUUUGUUUUUGGAGAAGUUUGAUGACUUGCAUCUCGCGUCUGAUCGGGAGACUUCUGAGGAGCGGUCUGAUGAGCAGCAGAAUAAUGGAAUUUCUGCUGGACUGGAGGUUGGGUCGGUGGAGACUGAGGCUUUGUUUUCUCAUUCGCUUGAUUAG